AUGGGUUUGAUGUCAGUCCUGGAAUGGUGGAUGGUGUACCAGCCAAGCAUCCUGAACUUCACAUGGAACCCUCCUCACACACCCUUCUCCUCCCCUCUCUUCCUCUCUCUCUCCAUCCUUACCUACCUCUCCCUCACUCUCCUCCUCGCCCACCUCCCUCUCCCACCCUUCCCUCCCCGCCUCCUCAAGCCCAUCACUGCCCUCCACAACCUCACCCUCCUCCUCCUCUCCCUCCUCAUGGCCCUGGGCUCUGCCCUCACCCUCCUCACACACACCCCCGACCUCCGCUCCGCCAUCUGCUUCCCACCCGCCACACCCCCCACCGGCCCCCUCUUCUUCUGGGCCUACAUCUUCUACCUCUCCAAAAUCCUCGAAUUCCUUGACACCCUCUUCAUCAUCCUCUCCCGCUCAACCCGACGCCUCUCUUUCCUCCACGUUUACCACCACUCCACCGUCCUCCUCAUGUCCUACCUCUGGCUUCAAACCUCCCAGUCCCUCUUCCCCAUCGCUCUCCUCACCAACGCCUCCGUCCACCUCAUCAUGUACUCCUACUACUUCCUCACCGCCCUCUCCUUCCGCCCCUCCUGGAAGCGCGCCGUCACCGACUGCCAGAUUCUCCAGUUCCUCUUCAGCUUCGCAAUUUCUGGCCUCAUGCUCCACUACCACUUCUCCGGCUCUGGAUGCUCCGGAAUUUGGGGCUGGUGCUUCAAUGCCCUUUUCAACGCCUCUCUUUUAGCCCUUUUCCUUGAUUUUCAUCUCAAGAGUUAUGCUAACAGGAGGAACACCACCACCAAACGCACUCUUAACAAGGACUCCUGA